AUGAGUGCGGAAGCUCCGGAAGAUGCCGUACAGCCAUCGGCAGACGAGGAGCCCGAAGUCGAAGUCGCUGUCCCUGUCCAGAAGAAGCCCGCUGUGAAGAAUCCCAAGGCCAAGAUCGCAUGUGUUAAGGAGGAGCCGGAGGACGACGACAAAGACGAGAAAGACGACGACGACAAGCCGAUGAAGAAACCGGCCGCCAAAGCUGUGGCCGCCAAAGCUGUCCUAAAGAAGCCUGCUGCCGCCAAGGGCAGUGGAAAGAACUCCGGUGACAAGGAGAAGAAGGCUGCUUUGAAAGCAGCAGCUUUGAAGAAAGCUGCCGCCGAGAAGAAGAAGGCAGAGGAAAAGGCGAAAAAGGAAGAAAAAAAACGAAAGAGAGAAGAGGAGCUCGCCAAAGACUGGAAAUCGGGCAUCCAAGUAGACGACGACGAGCACCAGGAGGGCGAAAAAGGAGAGGAGGAGGAGCUCGAGGAUGACCCGUGCACGGAUUUCGGAAUGCCGGCAGAGGAGAAAAAAAAAGACGACAGCAAGGACAAGGACAGAUCAAAGGACUACAAGUUCAAAGCCAUGUACAACAGUGGUCAGCUUCCCAGUUGGCUGGCCGCAGAGUGGGAGAAAACCACCAAAAUGAAAGCCGGCCGCCAAGAGCGACAGCGAGAACUCGUGAACAAUGCGAUCGACCGGAAAGACAACGGCAAACUCAUGGUCAACACGGACAAACCCAUGUUCGCCGAGCUUCAGGCGACGUUUACCAAGAACUUGUCGAAGGAGAAGGAGAAGAGCCUCCCGAAGUCCUUGUUUAUGGGAAAAUUUAAUUUAACCGAAGAAGCCUUCGCUCGUGGCUUGAUGGACAACGACUUCCGGAAGAUCAAAAAACGUGAUGGCCGAGUCGAAUAUGCAUGGGGCACAUCCGAGCAUGCCACGAUCCGUGGCAAGGAGACGACAUCGAGCUAUGAAUCCAAAAGUGCCGGACAAAGUGGUGACAUCGCCAAGUUCCAGAAAACAAGCCAGACGUGGAAGAUAGGCUUGUUCCAGAAGGCGAAUGAAGGCGAUGAUGGAGAUGCGGAGUUCCAUGAGGCUCCCAGGAUGGCGAUUGAGGAUGACCCGAACCUUCAGGCCUUGACUAAGAAGCAGUGGGAGACAGCGAAGAGCCAGAUCUCACAUGCCAUCGCGGCCGUCAAGAAGAUUGGUUCGGAUGCCCGGAAGAUUUUGGACAAGGCUAUCAUCACCCGAGUCAAUGGCCUGAAGAUCCAGCUUGACUACGUCCUGGAAUGGAAGGAUGGAAUGCCAGCUCCCAAGAGAAGGAAGGGGGGUAUUCAGCAGAGGCGGGCUGCUGAUCGUGACGAAACGACAGGCCAAAGUGCUUUGCAUGAGCUCCUCAUGACCUAUCUGGCCCAGGGCAUUUUGUCGGCUUCGAUGUGCUGGAAUAUUUCAAGGGCAGCAGCAGAAGACGUGAAACGAGCCGGCGAUGGCAUUUCGUUUCCGGAUUUGGAGCAUUUGGCAAGCUUCAAAUCAGCGAAGAACGUGCAGAGGGGCAUCGAUGGGUUGUUAGCUAAGCAAGCUUCUUGGCCGAUGCCCACGGAGGUGGACAUUCCUAUGCAAGGGACAAAUGCCAACAAGGCAUCCUCCUAUGUCAUGCUUCCACACGAAACGUUUGUUGCCCUUUACAAUAGCACUAAAGGCUGGGCCUCAUCGAUCUUGCCGGAUCCUUCGAAGCUGACUGCCUUCUGGGACACGUUUUCCGGACACCCAUCGAUGAUGGACCAUCCUAUAUCGAAAAGGGGGGACCGGGACCAUGCAAUCCCCUUCAGCCUCCACGGCGACGAGGUGCCGAUAACGGGUAUCGGCAAGAUCUGGAGCAGGGCUGCCCUCUGUUUCUCCAUGAGCAGUCUCAUGGCAGUUGCAGGAGGCAGGAGUGCUGCGGAAUCCAGCCUCUACAUAUGGGGCGUUUUCGAAAAGUUCAUACUCCCCACAGACGGUGUGAUUCUGGGUACCAUGGAUACUUUUUGGAUGUUGAUGAAGUGGUCAUUUGAAAUCCUCAUGUCCGGAAAAUGGCCUUCAAAGAACUGGAAAGGUUCCUUUCUUUGCGAUGGCUACUACGGUGUGCUGGUGCAAGCUGCCGGGGAUUUAGACUAUUACUGCAAAUGGCUUGGUUGUCCCAACUACGGUAGCCAUGCAAAGUGUUGCCCGCUGUGCCGGUGCACUUACAAAGGACAAACCUCCUGGCUGGACAACCGCAAAGAGUCCAAAUGGCAGAAAACCCUGGUAACAGUCAAAAACUGGAGGACACACUGGGACCCAAGCUGCCUUCUGUUUGGACUGGGUGGCUUCACCUCUUUAUGCAUUGCCAUGGAUUUCAUGCAUUGUAUGCAUCUAGGGUGGAUGCAGUUUUUCUUCGCCAGUGCUUUACUUUUGCUUAUGGAAGACUGUUUGGAAGGCACUGAUGUGGAAAAACUCCGGCAAAUCCAGCAGUACAUCUAUCAUUUCCAAAAGGAGACAAACACCAGAUACCGCUUCAAGCAGAAGCUCCUGAAAAUGACCAUGGUGAAACCCAAAAAGGGCUUUCCUAAAUUGCGAGGACGUGCUGCAGACAUCCACAGCCUUGCCGGUGCGAUUGAAAGCUUGUUCGCCCAUCACAUGGAUGAAGCAGAUCCAAACCAUGGUCGCAUCAAAUUGGUGCUGAGCUUGAACAGGGAACUGUCAGACUUGCUAGACGAGUAUGGCCCAAGAUACGGCUUCACAGCUCUUCCUGACCAGCAGGCGAAGCGAGCCUACAGCAUCGGGCUAGAAAUGGCUCAAGUGCACGUGCACUUGCAAUCUCUUUACGAAGAGGAAGGUCGUAAGCUUUUCAACAUCACGACCAAGACACAUUUUGUGUUACACAGUCUGCACCUCAGUGGUUUCAUACAUCCUCACCUUGUGUGGUGUUAUAAAGGAGAGGCCACAAUGCACAGGCUUCAGACUCUGUGGAAGUCUUGCCUUCCCGGUGUGAAACACUGGCAAGUUGCCAAAAAGGCAGCUUUGAAAGAAAGGCAUUUGCUGUGGAUGCGGUGCAACAAAGCCUGA